AUGUUCGAGGACAGCGCUUUGCUAUGCCACGCAUAUGACGAAUUCAGGAUUGGUGUUCAGCCGAGUGAUGUUGGGACUUUCCCGUGGAGGACGAAAGAGCCUCUCUGGUUACACGCCGAAAUUCCUGUUGGACAUGAUGGAAAUCCUGAAUACGGGAAAUCUAGUGUUAGCAUUCAACCAUGGGUCGAUACGCUUGGAUUCUCUAAAGUAGCGGGCGUAUGGGCCUUAAUCGUCCCAGAUGAAGACCCUGGCAUGCUUGAAUACAUUCGUUACGUUAAGUUAGCUGUGAAAACAACCGGUCAGGAGUUUGAUGCGGCCAUUAGAAUUGAUACCGCUUCGGCAGUCGAUAAGCCUAGCGACGCGCCUCAUAGUAUGUUUCGACUAGCUGAAUUAAAUGAUGAAUUUGUUGAAGUGUUCUCACUUCUCCAAAACAACUGCGGAUUCUUAAGUUUUAAUGUCCACAUUGAUAAACCCGAUAUGCGGUUUGAUGUAUUGUUUGAAAUCAAGACCAUCGACAAAACUUGGCAGCAAGCGCCCUUAGGAGAAAAAGAGUUUUUUGCGUGCUGGCCCAUAGCUCUAGGGGACCCAACACAAAUUCAAGCUUCGAAAUCUGUUGCAGAUACGAAUACCUUUCCCCAUCUUUUCGGUAGAGGUGAUGUACCUGGACUUGAAUGCCACCAGGUCUGGCUGUAUUUGAUCUACUACGGUUAUAAUUACAAUUUUAAAAAGGACGGCUCCGGAUCGGACAAUGGCGAUAGUGAUAUCUGCGAUAAUCGCGACAAUAAGAGUGAAUUUGACUUCAUCGAGGAAGCGCUAUAUCAUUUAGAAGAUUCGGGUUCCCAGACAAGUGGGACCGAUCAAGUGUUAACACCGCAAGAACUAGGAGGAAACAAUUUGUCACAACUAGGAGAAGAUAUUGAUCUAUAUGCGGAUACACCGCUGAUUGAUCAUCCCAAAGGUCAAGAUGAUAUUGGGAUUACCGAUUUACAAGGUCCUUCAAUUAUUGAGGAAGAUGAACAAAGUGGUGUAGAAAAAGGGUCAUUCCUUAAGAAAGCCUUCGUGUAUGAAAGAUGA